AUGCACUGGCUGUUGGAAGGUUCAGCCAUUGUGGAGGAACCUUGCUCACUGAAGUGCACCCUACAGAAUGGAACAGUGGUGAAAAUGAGGGGUCCUGUGUAUAAAGAGCUGACCAACGAGCAAUACAAAUAUGAUGCAUUCGUGGCUUACAACUACACCAGUUACCGAUGGGCUUGCAUCGAUGUGAGAAAAGUUUUGGAAGUUGAGAACGAUUUCUCACUGUGUCUUCACGAUCGCGACUUUAUCCCCGGGGGAAACAUUCAGCAGAGCAUCGUGGACGCCAUGAACAGCAGCCGGAAAAUCAUCUUGGUGAUCAACAAAGCUUUCAUGAAAAGUGAAUGGUGUGAAUUCGAAGUUCAAAUGGCGGGCAUGCGCAUGGUGAGAGACGGCCUUGAUGACGCCAUUAUAGUGAUCAUGAUGGAAGAAAUCCCUGUGACUGAAAUGCCCAAAUCGCUGCUGAGCCUGUGGAAACAUAUCGGAUUCCUGGUGUGGCCCGAAGAUGACCCAGACGAUGAACGGAUCUUCUGGAGCCGUCUGCUAGACGGGAUGGCGCGCUGA